AUGGACGCAUACUGGGCUGACAUUUGUCGCCAAUGCAUCACUACUGUGGGUGACGUACCACCUGUGAUUUUACUUUCUGCUUUCCUUGCUACUGCCCUUGGCCUGUUUGUUCUGUUCUACUUAUUGCUAUCCCUUAUCGCCCCCAUCCCCCGCGCUUCCCUGCCAGAAGAAAAGAAGUAUAGAACCCUGGCGAAAGAUGGAUCUAUUACCAAACCCGAGCCCCUACCUUGCUGGAGCGAGACCCGAGACCUCGAAAAGCGAGCCCAACCCACAUCGAAGAAUCAAAUCGAAGAAGCAGAGCUAUUCAUGUCCGUCGUAGUCCCAGCCUACAACGAAGAGGACCGACUCUCAGGCAUGCUCGAAGAAGCAGUCGACUACCUAGAACACAUGUACGGCACACUAGCCAACGGAAACAAAUCUGACGCCGUAGAAACCCGCUCGAUGCGAAACCGGAAGCCGAACGGUUCGUCCAAUGUCCCCGCUACAGCAUCCGCGGACCAGGGCUGGGAAAUCCUCAUUGUCUCGGACGGCUCAACAGAUCGCACCGAAGAAGUAGCCUUCCGCUUCGCAAAGGACCACCAGCUCUCUUUACACCCCAAGGGCUCCGCAGGUCCAUGGACACCACAGGCGCAAGAGGGCGUGCAUAUCCCGCCCGGCACGAUCCGUGUGGUCAAUCUCACACACAAUCGCGGCAAGGGCGGCGCGGUUACACACGGCAUGCGUCAUGUGCGAGGAAAGUAUGUUGUAUUCGCGGACGCGGAUGGUGCGAGUAAGUUUGGAGAUCUCGGAAAGCUGGUGAAGGCCUGCUCGGAGAUUGAAGAUGCCCAAGGGCGUGGCGUGGCUGUCGGAUCGCGCGCGCACAUGGUUGGUAGUGAGGCUGUGGUGCAGCGGUCUAAGUUGCGCAACUUUUUGAUGCACUCGUUCCACUUGAUUCUGUGGCUCAUGACACCUCCUCGGACGGCCACUGUUAAGGAUACGCAAUGUGGAUUCAAGCUUUUCUCCCGGGCUGCGUUGCCAUAUAUUGUCCCGUAUAUGCACUCCGAGGGCUGGAUCUUCGAUGUCGAGAUGCUCAUGUUGGCUGAGUUCGCUGAUAUUCCCGUCGCCGAAGUGCCGGUGGGAUGGAGAGAGGUCAAGGGAAGCAAGUUGAAUGUCCUACGGGAUAGUAUUGGUAUGGCCUGGGGCCUGGCGCUUCUUCGGGCAGCCUGGUCGUUGGGCAUCUAUAAGCAGACGUGA